GACAGCAUUUUUCUUAGAAGCUACGGUCACACCACAACUCAAGAAUAGUUCAAACAGCAAUUUAUUUGUAAUGAAUAAAAGGCUGUGCUGACGUUUUCUUACAUGAGGCCAUGCAGCGUUCCCGUGCGAGCAGCACGAGUAGUGGACGCGUCUCCCACAGCCAGACGCCGAAUCAACAACAGCAACAACAACAACAGCAUCAGCAGCAACAACAACAGCCGCUUGAGGCACUCAAAAUAAUCGUAAUACAUCCGGGAUCGCAGUAUUUACGCAUAGGACGAGCAGCUGACCUCAAUCCGCUGACACUACUUCAUGCCGUUGCCUACAGAUGCCACAACAACGACAACAACGAUGCUGCACUGCAGCCGCAUCAUGAUCCAUUGCUCCCACCGCUGGACAACGCAACGAAUGCUGGCGGCAAGCUACAAACAGAGUUCGAGGAGCAACGUCUGGCCGUCUCGAGGAUGCUGCAACAUUGCAUUGUCGAUGAACAGAAUCGAUUGCGAGUGGCGACGCCGCCGCAGCAAUUGGCGCACUUUAAUCGGAGCAGCGUCGCGGAGCAAGUGACGCCAUCUGAAGCUGACGAAGACACCGACACCGAAGAUGCCAAUGUGUUGUACGAUGAGCAGAUACUCCGGCUAACUGCUGCCGAGGCACGCAACUAUGACAUUCACUUUCCCAUACAGCGAGGCGAGUUAAAUGUUCACGCCGGACGGGGAGGAUCGUUGCAGGCGACGCUGUCGCAUGUGGAGCGCAUUUGGACGCAUGCCCUCGAGCAGCGUCUGGGCAUUGCGAGACGUGACCUGACCACACACAGCGCUGUCCUUGUGGUUAACGAUGUGUAUGUGCGACGCCAUCUGCGGGAACAAAUGACGCUGCUGCUGCAACGGAUGGGAUUCCAGCGUUGCUUCCUCGUCCAGGACAGCGUGGCAUCCACGUAUGGUGCCGGCCUUGGCUACGGUUGUGUGGUGGACAUUGGUGCCCAAAAGACAUCGAUUGCCUGCAUCGAAGAUGGCAUCUCUCAGCUGGAUGCACGUGUGCGUCUCAAUUAUGGUGGCGGCGACAUCGAUCAGGUGCUCUUGAUGCUGUUGCGCAAAUGCGGAUUCCCCUAUCGCGAGUGCAGCGUCGAGACGAGCUAUGCGGAUGCCCAUCUGCUGGAUGAGUUGAAGCAACGUUUCUGUCAUCUGCAUGCGAAUGUUUGUGGUGCCCAGGAGCAGCAGUUUACGCUGCGCAACGAGGCGGGCAAAUGGCUACGCUACACUCUGCAGCUGGGCGAUGAGGUGAUCAUGGCACCGCUGUCGCUCUUCCACACCGAGCUGCUCAACAUCACCGGCAAGACGAGAGCGGUGCACACACAACAAUCGGCACAGGAGCAAUACGAUUGCGAGGAUUGCUUCGAUGGCGAGUAUCUCAAGGAAACCGGACGUCGCAAUGGCGUCCGAACUGGAGAUCUUAGUCUGCUGCCUGCUGUGAAGAGUGGACCACAGCAGCUGGCAAACAUCAUUACGGCCGACGAUGACGAUAUGCUGAUUGUCGUUGAUCAGGAUGAGACCACAGUCAGCAGCAACAGCAACUCGCAGCAACAACAACAACAGCAUCAUCAUCAUCACCAGCAGCAGCAGCAACAACAAUUGCAAUCCAAGUCGAGCAACUCUUGGUUCUAUAAUGUGGGUGGACAAGUGGUGCCCUUGGAUCAGGCGGUGAUCCGUGCUAUUGGCCGUUGCCUCAGCUACGAGACGCGUCGCAAAAUGUUUGGCGCCAUUCUUCUCGUCGGCAGCAGCGCCAAGCUCCGUGGCCUUGCCGCCUGGCUGGAGCAGCGGAUCAGCCAACAAGUGCCGCCGGGCGUCGAGGUGAAUGUCUUCACCAAGGGCAUGGAUGUGGGCAUGGUGGCGUGGAAGGGGGCGGCCAUAAUGUCCGUGCUGGAGAGUGCACGGGAAUUGUGGAUCUCGCAGCGCGAAUGGCAGCGAUAUGGACUGCGUAUUCUGCGAGAGCGAUCGCCGUUCUUGUGGUGAAACUGCCAGCUAAUUAAGCAUUUUUGUAUGUAUCUCUAUCGAAUAUGCGUAGCAAAUGAUGAAUAUGUGAAUAUUAUACAUUGCAUACAUACUUUAUCUUAGUAAACUCCCAAUCACUUUCCA